GGCAAAUGAGGUUGCCUUGGCCCUCCCCGUCUCCAGGUAUAUAAAGUGGGGAGCGCUCCGCCGGCCGGCCAAUGCGCUCGGAGAGCAGCUCCCGCCCUCCGCGCUGCUGACGGACGUCGAGGCGGCGAUGAGGCUCCCGCUGGCUUUCGCCGUGCUCCUCCUGGCCUCGGCGCAGGCGCUGGCCGAGGAGAUGGGAGCUACCGACGACCUCAGCUACUGGUCCGACUGGUCCGACAAUGAUCAGGCGAAGGAGGAGCUGCCGCUGCCCCUGGAGCACUUCCUGCAGAGGAUGGCCCGGAGACCCCGGCCCCAGCAGUUCUUCGGCCUCAUGGGCAAGCGGGAUGCCGGAUAUGGCCAGAUCUCUCACAAAAGGCAUAAAACAGACUCCUUUGUUGGACUUAUGGGCAAAAGAUCUUUAAAUUCUGGGUCCUCUGAAGGGAGCAUAGCACAGAAUUAUGAACGGAGGCGUAAAUGAGACAUUCCUGCAUAUUAUUUACUAAACUUCAUUUGUUCUGAUGGCCAAUGCAGUGUAAUAUAAACUAACCACUGUAUGGAAUAAUUAUUUAUUUAACAGCUGAUGGGGUUUGGGUUUUUUUGAGUUGUACAUUCAAUAAAAUUAUUAUUUUUCAUAUUGUGGCAGUGAUACAUGUUGUGUAGGUGUGUUGUGGUUCUGAAAGGACCAGCAACCCUGGUGAUGUCUCACAACAAAGCACAUCAUUUGAUAUGACCCAUAAAAUUAUGUUUGCUAAACCAAGCAAAUAUUCUUUUGUUCAUUGAAAGCGAGUCUAUCAGCUUCACAGCCAGUGCAGAACAGAGCUGAUGUUCAGUCUAGUGCCUCAAUUUGUUUUCAUGUUUAUAAUGUACUGUAAUUUCUGUAUCAAAAAAUAUAUUUGUAUCAUUACAGCAUGUUUUAUGUUCUGUGACUAUGUAUCUAUAUAUUUUAAAAAGGGGGUGGGUAAUGUUUGAAUGGGAAUCCAAGGUCUUCAUUUCAUAGUCUGGAAUUUUAUGACAGUAACAUUUUAAAUAAAAACUACUCUGGGGCUUUUGCAACAUAAUUCUUUUGGUGAUAGUAAUGGAGUUAUUUCCCACGUUGGUCUGGAAUGAGAUUUAGAUCCAAGCAAGAGUGUUCUGAGACUGGAGAGAAAUAUCAAAUUAAUGGUUUCUUUUUGCAGGGAGGCUGUGAGCUUCCUCAUGUGUGUUUGGUGAAUGUUUGGAGGAUAUGCUACUGGAGACAGGAAUUCCUGAGAUUGCUCCAGGUCACACAAGGUGCCAUCCAUCCUUAACCUGAUGGAAAUCAAGAAGCACGUUGUCUGAAUGAAAAAGGCGUGGUGUACCCCCCAGCUCCAAGUGGAAUAAUUUGCUGUGGAAUUCAUCCAGUAUUGUAGGUUUAUUAUUUGAAAGCUAAGCUUUUAAUAAAUUCUAGCCCUCAGAUUCACAAUAAAAGCACCUGUUGACUUGAAUCCAUGCAAUAUAAGAGAAAAAAAAGUGAGUGUAAUUAUCUUUUUAAUUAAACUCUCUGGUUACUAUAUAAGCAAGACAGUCCUGAAAUGCUACAUACAUCUCACCAGAUGCCAGGACAUCUGGAGAUCUAUCUUCUUUCCCCCUGCUAAAAGCUAUACUUCUCCAUUUGAUGCUAUGAUGUGAGCUUUCAUCGCAGAUGAAUCAGCAAUGAAAACAGGCAGUAUAUACAAACCAAGUAAUAAGUAAUACAAAGGGAUUCACUGGUUGUUUUUUUCCAUUUUGGAAGUGAACUCAACAACCUCCAUUUUCAAGGUUACCUAAGGCAUCAGCAGAACUGCUCCAAUUAUGAGUGGUUGGGUGCAGGACUUCUCUCCUGCUAGGUUAGAAGCAGCACCUAAGCCUGCCCAUGUUUAAAACAGAUCCCACUUUCAGCUAAGUAGGAGGUGAUCUAGCUGGGGGGGGGGUGUAUGGUAGGAAAACUGAAGCCAACUUACAACAGGGACCACACUCGUGUGAGACACAGUGGUUGUACUGGCACUCUGCCAGUUCUUCAUCUUGCCAGUGCUAAUUUUCAAACUAAUAAACUUCUGUAUGAGCUCCCACUGUGAGGAAGGGAAGCUGACUGACUAACAACAUGGCAGAAGGACUGUGGAAAUGGAUGUUGAAUAAUGCUCAGUGAA